AUGGCUUUUCCAUCGGCAGCAACCAGCCUACGGCGAUCAUUACAAGACCCCAAGACUUUCAUCACAGCUCCAGGAGUCUAUGAUGGAGUGUCAGCACGACUGGCAUUGGCCGCAGGCUUCGAUGCAUUGUACAUGACAGGAGCCGGAACAGCAGCCUCGGUGCACGGCCAAGCUGACCUAGGAAUCUGCACGCUGAACGACAUGCGAGCGAACGCAGAGAUGCUAGCAAAUCUCUCCCCCCAUACACCGCUAAUCGCCGAUGCCGACACCGGCUACGGCGGCCCGAUCAUGGUCGCCCGCACAACAGAACAAUACUCGCGAUCGGGCGUAGCCGCCUUCCACAUCGAGGACCAAGUGCAGACUAAGCGGUGCGGACAUCUCUCCGGAAAGCAGCUCGUCGACACAGCAACCUACACCAGCCGCAUCCGGGCGGCCGCACAAGCGCGCGAACGGAUAGGCAGCGACAUCGUGAUCAUUGCACGGACAGACUCCCUACAACAGUACGGCUAUGAAGAGAGCCUAGCGCGGCUGCGGGCGGCCAGGGACGCAGGCGCAGAUGUCGGGUUCCUGGAGGGCAUCUCAUCUCGGGAAAUGGCCCGGCAAGCCGUGGGAGACCUUGCGCCGUGGCCGUUGCUGUUGAAUAUGGUGGAGCAUGGAUCCACUCCUUCGAUUUCUACGCAGGAAGCGAGGGAUAUUGGGUUCCGUAUUAUCAUCUUCCCGCUUGCGACUCUAGGCCCGGCGCUUGUUGCUAUGCGAGAGGGACUAGAGAAGCUGAAACAAGAUGGCUUGCCCGGUCUGGAUCAGGAGUUGACGCCUCAGAUGCUGUUCAGAGUCUGCGGGCUAGAUGAUAGUCUUAAAUUGGAUGCGGCAGCUGGUGGCGUUGCGUUUGAGAGUGGCGUCGACCUAGGAGAGAAGUGA